ACUUAACUCAUCUCAUCUCAUCUCAUCUCAUCUCAUCCCCUCACUCAGAUGAUCACCACAUCUCCAACAUCCUCUCUCCACCAGUCCCCCUCCUUCAUCCCCUGUUAUCUCCUGUUACUAGGCUGAUAUGGAUUAGAUUAUUGACAUCUUCGGCCAUCUUCCUUCGAUGCCUCGAUGAAGACAGAUGCGACUCGGUUACCAACGGCUGUUUCCACCAGCCUUUGAACGGAUAACUCGCGGAUAUUAUUUAUUGUCUGGCUUGAUCCAGCUGACUUCUGACUUUAUGAACCGGUCGUGCGGUUCCUCUCAAAUUGAAACCAUGGGAUUCUUGCUUGUCCAGUUAGGCAGGCUCGAGUGUUCCAAGGCUUUGAGCCUCUGGAGAUCCUGCGCCCUGGGGACAGGAUGGUGGAAUGGAGCCAAUCUCUCUCCUUUGCCUAGUGGUGCAGCCUUUGCAGGAUCACCAUCAAGGACCAGAUCAUCAAGGCCAAAGAAAAUGCGUCACUAUCCAGCCGCUUUUCCGUCGGCUGGGGAAAAAAAUUUCAAACCGCCAAUAACAAGUGAAGAUCCAGCAGCCAGGCCAAGCAUGAAGGCGAUAUCGGUCCAGUCCGAAGGCGUACAAGUUAUAAUUUAACUCUCUUCCCCAGGCCUGUGGAGAUCCACCUUUUGCAGAUUCCAAUGCGAAGGAAUAUAUACAAGAGUCUUGCAUUGACCUAUACACACUAGCCUACUUGAUCAAUCUCUGGGUCCAGUUAUUUUUCUCUGUUAAUAUAAACAGCCCACCGACCCGAUCGACUCCAAUUCUCCACCAGACCCUCAGAACUCUUUUGUCCCAGCACAAUCAC